CCAAUAGGGGGGGCCCGGGCCCCUCGCCCCCCCCCCUGGAUCCGCCUAUGAAAGUUAUGGUUUAAGUAUAGAGAGUCAAUUGGGGCACAAAUCCUUAAGAGUACACACCCAAUUUAUUAACUCAUUUGACACUCAAAUUGUCCAUAAUUGUCUGGGAAUGAUAACUGAAGGAUUCUCUUCAUUAUGAAAGCAAAAGGAAACAAAAUGGUAAACAUAAGAAAUAUAAAAUAUAAACAGAAUUUUUGAAUUUUUGGCUCCCAUUAUAAUUUUAGCACAGAGUUAGACCGUGGUCUAAGUUAAACCCGACUUCAGAAUACGGGCCAAGGAAAAUAUAUCUUUCAUGAAAAAAAUAUAUAAAAAUUAAUGCACAAUUUCUAUUACAAAUCUACUGUACCAUGUAGCGGAUCAGAUUGAAGGAUUUCAAUAGCUUCUAACUCUAUAACACGUUUUAUGAACCUGGUCAAAGGAAGUAAAUUACGCGUGGAUUGAGGGUACACAGGCGCUUCCUCGCUCGUGUAAUACGGCCUUGAUAGGAUAGUGGACAAAAUCUGCAGAAAAAUAUAAGUCUAAAAUAGCUUGUAGGCCUAUGUAGUAAGCAAUGGUUAUCUUGAGACCAGUCAGUUGCCAAGCAAUCUUCUAAGGAGGAUGGUCACUUGUCAUUGCAGAGGUAUUGUGGCUCAGUGGAUAAGUCUUCGGACUUUGAACCACAAGGCCCGGGGUUCAAAUCCCACCGCAGCUUUCGCGUCCUUUGGCAAGGCGUUUAUCUACAUGCAUUUGCCGCUCUCCACACAGGUGUAGUAAAAGGGUAUUAAUAAUAUAAAAGGAAUUCCUUGAAUGCUCGAUGUGCCUGAUCAGGGUAGCCAUGCUAAAGCCGGGGUAAUAGUAUGCAGCGCUCAGAAACAUUAAUUUGUAUUAAGCGCUAUACAAAUGUUGCGUAUUAUUAUUAUUAACAUUAUUAAAUUUUGCGUUUUAGAAGUAUAUAGGCUUGUUUUUCAUGACCAAGAUAUGCACAAGAAAGUAUAACGUUAAAACCCCUGAAUUUCCAGUGCCCAUAAGGGGCUUUGCGCUUUACGCAUUAUACAUCCAUUAUCCUUUUAAAAUACAUAAAAAUAUAAAGGUGCGAUUAUCACAUUUUAUGUUUUCAGACCCCAUCAUUUACCGAUUUUCUGUCAGUUUACUUUUAAUUGCAGAUCUAGUUUCGCAAUUGUAAAUUUUGUUGCAGCAGAUGAUCUGUAAUUUUCCAAAAGUUGCUAAACAAAAUGAAAUAACUGACUUUCAAUAGAAUGCCGUCGUUUAUUGUACUUGAAAUGCUUCACUUUUCGGAGGUUCUGUUUUAAGAAGAUAUUCAUUGCAUGAUUGUUCUACAUAACAGUUAAAGUGUUUACGAGGACUUAAGCAAUAAAGUGUCGGGUUCUUUCGACUCUGCUUAAGUACUUUUCUGGGGAGUUUAAGGAGAUUUUUUUUUUGCAGCGAACCUCCUUUUUUUACUUCUUCAUUGGAUCAUUGGAUGAACGAAGUAUAAGUGGGAUUGGUUUUUUCCGUAUUAACAACUGAUUCCCUAUAUGUAUUCCGUCCCUAUAUAUUUAUCUAUAUAUUUCACCACUGACUUAGAAUCCCCGUGACAUGAUGUAUGGCAACACAUAAUUGAGUAUGUCUGUACGACAUGGUUUUCUGCCUUGAUACCCUGCUUGUUUCGAUCACAACACGCUUUAUCAUUCUAAAAUCUAAACUUUGUCGAUUGAUUUGACAAGUUAAAUGAACGUAGUAGUUUACAGAAUAUUUGAUAAGACAGCUUGAUAACAAUGAUGAUUUAUCAGCUGAAACAAAAUAUUUUGCCACAGAAAAAAGUUGUGAAGGGAUAUGGAAUCUAUCGUUGUGAAGGUAUAUGGAAUCUUUCAUCUUUGUAGUGCUGUAACAUGAGCGUACAAUGGACAAAUCGUGACAAAUAUGAAGAGCAAUCGAGAGAAAUUUAACAAGUUUUUUUUUUAUCUUUGUCUUUUGUCGUAUACACAGAUAGUUCCUGAAUCCUUACCCUUAACCAUCCAGGCUUCCAGCUUAUUGAAGCAUACACAUUCGGCGUGAUCGGCAAAAACCAUUGUAGGCAAGGCAUCCUUAAUUAAUUGAGACCUUCAAACGAUCGUAGCUUCAUCUCAUCAGUUGAUAUAUUGAUCUACAUACGAAACCAUAGCAACUGCUUUCUAAUAUGCAAAUGGUGAAUGGAAGUGACUUUUUUCAGCCGUGAUAUUGCCAAACAUCAUUUACCGCCCUAUGUCAACUUGGUGUGUAGUUCAGUUUCCAGUGCCGCAAGAGGAGAAUGAGUGGAUGAGGAUUCUGUCUAGAUGCUUAAUUCAAGUUUCCAUUAGACUAUAUUCUUUCAUAUUUUUUUCCUAGGCAUCUAGUUUAUCGUUUGGAACAAGAAAAUUGAAUGCGUUGAUGACAAAGCAUGUAUUCAGUUAUUGAAGAAUGUGAUACAUACAAGCUACUAUAAACGCUGCAAGAGAAAUCGGAAAGUUACAGCUCAUUGAAAUACCUCAGAUUUGUGUUGAAGCGAACCUUUUUUCCGUAUACUUCGAGAUGGUAAUAGUGUGGCUUAGGUAAUAGAACCACAUGAGGAUUGAACUUCCGAGUUCACCUUGGAAUAUGCAUCUGACAAGCUCGAAGUAAUGUAUUACUUGAAGACCAUCAUUCCUUGAAGUCUCAAAUAAUAUAUCCAUUAACUGUUCAAAAUGUCUUACUGUUCAUUUUACAAAAAAUUGUUACUUCUUACUAUCACCUUCGGGUUGGGACAGUUCAUUGUGUACAUGAGCGGGGACGGGGGUGAUUAUCAUCACCUAAUUAAGGAUCGGAUGAGAGAGAAAAAAGCUCGAGGUUUGAAACCCAAUCACACAGAAGCCAAAUCCAAGACGACAUCACACUCGAGGACCUUUGUCAACCAUAGUAGUAGCAGCAAUGAAAAUGUGACUGUGACGCCACCGAAAGCACAGUUCGAUGGAUCAUGGAAUUCUUCAUUUGUAGCUCCAAUGUAUCACAGGCACUACCAAGUUAAUUGCUCUUCUAUCGUGGCUGAUAACCAACGAGCCAUAGAUGAGGCUAACCGUCUGAUGGGGAAACAGAAGGGGUCGAUAGCAGUGCCUUCAGAUGAAAUUGUUUUGGGGUGGACAAAGGAUUGCGAGGUAUUCAAAAGAGAGCGACGCUAUCCAGAGAAACCGCGAUCUGUUGAGGAAGAGGAAUAUCCCGUCGCUUUUAUUAUAGUGACGCACAAGGAGUCGGCACAAGUGGAGCGAUUGUUGCGCGCCAUUUAUCAUCCUCAAAACGUUUACUGCAUCCAUCCCGACGUGAAGUCCCCACCUGCAUAUCAGGAUGCGAUUAGAGGUAUGGCGUCUUGCUUUGACAAUGUCUUCAUCCCCUCUAGAGUUGAAGAUGUUCAGUACGCAGGAUUCACUCGCCUCCAAGCCGAUGUCAAUUGUAUGUCGGAUCUCCUGCAGCACAAGGUCCAAUGGCGGUAUGUCAUCAACCUCUGUGCCCAAGACUUUCCGCUUAAGACAAAUCUUGAGGUAGUGCGCCAAUUGGAGGCGUACAAAGACAAGAACGAUAUCAACGGCAUUCUCCCACCGUCAUACAUCAAAGGCAGGACUAGGUCACACUUCAUCGCUGCCAACGGCAAAAUGGUAGCAACGCGGAAGCUAAAGACGCCACCUCCGCAUAAUCUUACCAUCUACUUCGGCAACGCUUACUACGCAGCAAGUCGCCAAUUCGUUGAUUACGUAAUACACAACCAAGUGGCUGUAGAUCUUCUUCAGUGGUCAGAGGACACGUUUAGUCCAGAUGAGCAUUACUGGGUGACUCUCAACCGUAGUCCUGGUAUUCCGGGAGGUUACGCCAACGCAACAUGGGAUGCAAAUGUACGCUUUAUGAAGUGGGGUGAUGUACCCACGCAUCCAGCUUGUAAAGGAAAGUACGUCCGCGCCCUCUGCGUUUUCGGCGUUGGCUAUCUGAAUUACCUGGCGAAGGUGACCCACCUGUUUGCUAAUAAGUUCUAUUAUUCAUUCGAUCCUGUUGUUCUUCAGUGCCUUGAAGAAUUGUUAGACUUCAGGAAUGCUCACCCAGAAGCGAUUACUGACUUUGUACCGAACUUUCCAGUCACUGAUAUGGUAUGGCAACUAAAUUAGGCAAAAUUCACCUAGCUGGCGUAAAUGACUACAUUGUGGCUGGAAUUCGAUGUUAUUAAGAUUUCCCGGACAACUUCCACAUAAGCAUAGACAGAGUACUGUAUGUUAAUCCACAUUUGGUUUUUACUUAACUCUUAUUUAAACUGUGGGUAGCCAAACAUCGACCCGUCUACGUUGGUCGAGGUUGUAUGGUUCUUCGUCUAUAAUAAAAAAAUGUAUAUUUAUUUCUACUUUGGGAGCCCAUAUAUUCAAUUUAAAUUAAGGAUUUUAACAUUAGUGUUACUAUGUUCCAUUAUAUAAUUUUGUUUGCUCAAACUCGAAGUUGGCACAACUCCUGCUUGGUGCCUUUGUAAAAAUUGGGUGGUACUUGGUCUCUUUAAUCUGUCUAAACAGUUCAGGGGAAAGGGAGCCCGUAGUGAUUUGUGAUCAUUUCCUGUCUCAUUCCUAUUCUUCUGACAAUCUUGCUCAGUUGAACCAGCAAGUAGUUAGAGUGCAGCCAGUAAAUGUUAUAUGGUCAUGUGACUGUGACUACCCAAACUGCUCCACCUGGACGAUGUGACAUGGCCCUGGGAAGCGGCAUCCCCAAGAAUUCUGGUAGGUGUUUAAAAAUUGAUAAAUGUUAGGAAAGUUACCUAUUUGUUUGUAGUGAAACCCCCCUUUUUUUUUGGGGGGGGGGGCUUGUCAAAUACUUUUGGACCCAAAAUAACCUGCAUUUUGUAGUGAAAUUUGUUUGUUCUUUUUUGCUUGACACUUUUUCUUGGACCAAAAUAACGUGCAUUGUGUAGUGAACCCCCCCCCCCUUUUUUUUUUUUUUUUGCUUGUCAAAUUUAAAUCAGCACCCCCAGUCAAAAAAUCGUUACCAGGGAGGGCCCUGCAAUGUAAAUAAUCAAAAGCAGUCUCUGUUUGUACUGGACUAUUUAAAAAGUGGAAACCAAUUACCGUAUAUAUAUAUAUAUACACAACAAAAAAAGUAAGUCCCCCCUAAAUCAAAUUGCUGUAACUUUUGAACGGAAUUAUUUUGAGAUAUGAUAUUUCGUAGGUGGUUUUCUACACUCAUUAAGCAACCUCUGGGGAAAAAUGAGAUUGAUAGGUUGAGUCAUGCGUGAGUAAUUAAAGAUUGAAUUUAAAAUGACCAAUUUUGAAAGUCACAAGAGUCGUUUUUCAGAUUGUGCAAAUACAAAGCUGGGCAAAAGUUUUUUUUAGGUGAAUUUUAUGGUGUUAAUGCUGUUUUACUAUCCAUCAUUUAGCCACUCCACACACAAUUUUGAUAUCGUAUGUUCAUGGUUGAGUGAGCACAAUAAUGCAGGGGCCGCGGGGGGGGGGGGGGGCUCAGCCCCCCACUUUUUUUCCAAAAGCAUGUACAAAAAUAUAAAAAUGACCAUACGAUUGUGAUUUUUUGCAUGGUUAGCCCCCCCCCCCCCCCCCUUUGAAAACCGUUCCGCGGCCCCUGUGUAGUGACGUAUCAUCAAAGGGGUUUAUGGUAGUAUCCUCUACAACCUGUUAGAUCAUGUUAAAAUUUGAAAAUGUUGGUGGCUCCCCCGAUUAUAGGCCCCUCCCCCAUUUAAAAAUUCUGGAUCCACCACUGAUUUGUCCAUAAAUUAAACUGAUCAUGAGAAUUUGUAAGAAAAAAUACAUGUAUGCAGUAUAAAGAGUAUUCAUUCCUAAGUUUUCGAAUAUGCUCGCUCAACCAUGAAAAUUUUAAAACUUCGGAAAGUGUGUGGUGAUAGAAAUGAUGGAUGAUAAAAACAACAGCAAUUAAAGUCACAUUUGAAACCGAAUUUGCCCCCAAUAUUCAUUUUAUUACCAUUUAAAAUGGGUCUGUGACAUUGAAAAUACCCAAUUUCCCACUUUGAUGUGUGCUCACUCAUCCAUAAAUGAACAAAUCGAUUUCAUUUUUGCACAGAAUUGUGCCCAUAGGUUGAUAAACAUUACUGCCACUACUGUCACUUUUCAAAAGUCACAAACCAAAUAUCAUGAUUUUGAUUCUACUUUAUUGGAACGAAUUCCAUAUUCUCAUCAUGAAAAAUGGUCAGAAGGCUUGUAAAGGGUACUUUCUAAUAAACGAUACAAUUUUUUUGCUAAAUUUCACGGUUGAAUAAACACAAAUUAAAAUUUGCUAUAAUUGGAAUUUUUACACAUUUCUAUCGAUAAAAAUGAUCGAAUAUGAUGAUAGUUAUUUUUGGGAAGAGUAUCUUCAACAAUAUUCAUUGUUUCACGGAUCAAUGAACAUUUUAUGAAAGAAAAAAAUACGAAUUUCAAAUAUCAUAGGCAAGUAUUGUUUCAUUUUGGUAACCGAAAUUAUCUUUUCUCAACUUUUUUGUUAUGUUCAUGAUCGAUUAACAUGCUUCAAUGAUUCAAAUGCGUUUAAUCAAACAUUCACGCUUGAAUGAACAUGUGGAAUGUGAUUAGCUCUUUUUUACGUUAUUGGAAAAAAUGCAAUUGCUAAUUAUGGAUAUCCGUCACAAACCUCCUUGCAUGGUCCAUUUGAUUUCAUUUUUAUGAAAAUCCCGAUGAGUAAUGCUUCAGUGAGCACACAAUAUUAAAAAAUUAUGCAAAUGAGAAGAAAGUUUAAGGCCCUGGCCCCACUCUGUGCCGUAUCAAAUGGUUAUUUUGGUGUGCGCACAUGUUGGAUAGUGUUACACUGAAGCCAUGUGCGAAGUUUCAUGAAAUAACUGUUGGCAGAAGUAACAAAAACCGUCCAUGAAACAAACCCUCAUUUCAUAUUUGUUAAAAUGUUGACUUCCUCUCUCAUAGACUUGUGUACAUUAUGGGUGCAUAUGUUUAAGAAUAAGUAACCCCCUAUUCAAUGUGGUGGAACUUUUUUUCAAGGCUGUCUUUAGCAAUGUCAUUUGGCAGUUAUGUUUAUCAACCUGUGGGCAGAAUUCUGUGCAAGAGCAUGCAUCAAAGUUGAAAAGGGGCAUUUUCAAUGUCACAGACUCAUUUUUGAGGAGUAAUAAAGUGAAUAAUGGGGGCAAAUUCGGUUUCAAAUGUGACUUAAUUGCUGUUGUUUUUAUCAUCCAUCAUUUCUAUCACCACACACUUUCCGAACUUGUAACAUUUUCAUGGUUGAGCGAGCACUUUCGAUAACUUGGGAAUGAAUACUCUUUAUACUGCAUAAAUGUAUUAUUUUCCUAACAAUUUCUCAGGAUCAGUUUAAUUUAUGGACAAAUCAGUGGUGGAUCCAGAAUUUUUAAAUGGGGGAGGGGCCUAUAAUCGGGGGAGCCACCAACAUUUUCAAAUGUUAACAUGAUCUAACAAGUUGUAUAGGAUACUACCAUAAACCCCUAUGAUGAUACGUCACAAUACAGGGGCUGCGGAACGGUUUUCAAAGUGGGGGGGGGGGGCUGACCAUGCAAAAAAUCCCAAUCGUAUGGUCAUUUUUGCAUUUUUGUACAUGCUUUUAGAGCAAAAGUGGAGGGGGUGAACCCCCCCCCCCCCGCUUCCGCGGCCCCUGCAAUACAUUGUGCUCACUCCACCAUAAACAUACGAUAUAAAAAUUGUGUGUGGAGUGGCUAAAUAAUGGAUAGUAAAACAGCAUUAACACCAUAAAAAUCACCUAAAAACAGCUUUUGCCCAACAUUGUAUUAUUUGCACAAUCUGAAAAACGACUCUUGUGACUUUCAAAAAUUGUCAUUUUUAAUUUAAUCUUUAUUUACUCAUGCAUGACUCACCCGAUCAAUCUCAUUUUCCCCCAGGAGUUGCUUAAUGAGUGUAGAAAACCACCUACGAAAUAUCAUAUUUCAAAAUAAUUCCGUUCAAAAGUUACAGCAAUUUGAUUUAGGGGGGACUUACUUUUUUUGUUGUGUAUAUAUGGUAUUGUGAUUUUUCUCGCUCUAAUACGUUAAUGGAGUCACUUUUUUCAUUCGGUUAACGUACUAUUAUUUGUUCACCAUAACUAUGAAGGAAAGAAGGAGAAUUAUUCAUUCAGGAUUUUGUUUGAUCUAUCAGAUAAGUGUUAAAAAAUGAAUUUCAAUAUUCAUUUUGCUAGCGAAAACUCGGUGAUGUAGGUUUCCCAAACCAGGAAUUGUGCCUUCUCUGGAAUUCGGAUGUGUACAUACGAGAUGUUGGAAAGUCUCAAACUCUCUUUUCCAGAUGCACUGCAAAAGCUCUGGUGUUGAUUUAACACCAACCCGGAAUCUAUAUAUGUCCACACCAGAGAAGUGUUAAACAACACCAGUUUCGUUUUGGUCUAACACCAGAAAGGUGUUUAUACAACACCAAUUAGUAGUAAAACAGCAUCGGUUUGAUUCCAAACUGGUGUUGUGUCAAUACUUUUCUGGUGUGGACAUAUAUAGAUUCCGGGCUGGUGUUAAAUCAACACCAGAGUUUUUGCAGUGUGCGAUUCUUUAUUUAAUUUUAUAUUAAAUGAUUUAUCGCAAUUGUAUGUGAUGAUGUAUGAAAUGCGGGCUAUACAGGACAAAUAUAUUUCCCAAUCAAUUAUUGGUACAUUUUGCUUUUGAACAAUGUAUUACAUAUGAAAUAAAAUAAAAAAUAUAUAAAUCUCUAACCCUUAAUUACUGACAUGAAGUAGCAGUGGUCAAAUUAUGAUUAUAUUGAAUGCUUAAUUGGUCAAUAACUAUGGAAGAUGCAAUACGAUUAAAUUAUAGUUUGGGGAAUAUUGCAAUAAUGGCGUAAAGUGAAACACAACUCUACGUCAUCAUCGAAAAUAAGAUUUUUUAUUUAGUAAUUUUGUUUUCUGAUUUCGGUAUUGACAAUCAUGCAUUACCAGUUGAUAAUCAUAUUAUUAGUUGUUCAAAUAUAUUCAUGUAUGUAUUUAUGUGUGUGUUUUAUUCAUAACAGAUGUAGGAAUAUUAGUCCCUUCAUGAAAAUACGACAGGAAUAUUUCGGUCCUGUUCUCAAAGUGACAAUCGAACUUCUGAUCAUAUCAAAAUGAGAGUCAUUAUGCCAUGCAGGGAUGAGAACACUUCCAAAAGUCACGAAGUCAUUUUGUAUGGAACAUUAACUAAAAUGUUAUUAUUCGUUUGUUUAUUUUGUUAUGUGAUCACGCAUGAUGAAAUUAUCUCUUUUGUAUUAUUCUCUCCUAUUGUGCCUUGACGGAAGUCUACAUGUGCCCCCUUUUUUUACCAGGAAGGGCAUUACAUUUAUGCGUCUUUCACUGCGACUCUCCCUGCAUUCCCCAUUGUUUUGUCUUUAUCAAAUUUCUUUAUAAAAGGCAUGACUUACCGCCCUUUCACACGAUAAAAUAUCGUAAUCUGAAUGAUGAUUCCAGUGAAAAGUAAGGCUAAUAACAAAAUUUUAGCAUGUGUGAAACCAAAGAGAUAUCACGGUUUAUCACCUCUAGAGGUGACAUCUCCUUGGUGAAACCAAACUAGAAUCACGAACGCUAAUCACAAUCACGAAUUCAAAUUCUACUCCGGAGGUGAAUUCCAGUUAAGUCUCACUCAAAUUACGAUACGAAUUUUACGUGUGAAAGGCUUGACCUCCAAAACAUCUUGGGGGCGGAGCUUACGUGUCCCUUCAAGCACUUCCGUGGAUAAUACAAUUGUCAUGCACUCAUCGUAUCGAUGCAGUGCUUUGAUUGACAAGUCACCAAGGACACAUCCCGCUUUCGCUCUGAAAUUUGAAUUCAAAUCACAGUUUUCGAGUGAGCGUGUGAAAGGUCCGAUGAUUCUAAAGACGAAUUGCAAUCGUCAAUACAAUGAUGAUUCAAGAUUCACGUGUGAAAAGGCCCUAUGUCUUCAGGGGUUAACUUAGACCACACUUUUAUGGAGUGCCAUUUGUCAACUAAUUCAUCAAUUAGAAAUUGUCUUAUUGUUCUGUAACAAAUAGUAAAAAAAUAUAUUUGACUCGUGAGAUGGGAAGAAUAUGAAUAUACAUAUAACAAAUUUUAUUUUAUUAUUGGUACAUUAUAAUUGCCAAGAAUAUGAAAGAAAUAUUAUGAAGCAAUCAUUCCAUAGAAGUGUGAUUCAAAAUUCUAGUUUAGACAAGGGUUAAACCUAGCUUUAAUUGUCAGCAUAGAGCACUUCCAACUUGAUCCAGAAACAAAUUUGGCAAUUACUCAUAAUAUAUGACUUGAAAAAUGUCAAUUGUUUGCAGUUGAUUAAUGUGCUCACUUAAGUUCAUCGCUCCCAAAUGUCCCACCCCGUCCCCUCCCGUAGAUACAUCACUAUUCUGCCUGUGCGACCCUCGACAUCAGGGAAUGGUGGUGUUUGAGUUUUCCCCCCUCUUCUUUUCAGGGAGCCCACGGUGAAGUUAAACCCCCUACCCUCCGACCCCGCUGAGAUCCACCACUGAUUUCAAACCAAAAUAUUUUCUGUUAUUGUUGAAUACCUUUCCUUCAAAAAAGCUUCAAACAGGAUAUCUUUAUCAUUUUCUAAUGAUAUUUAAUCACUGGCAGAUCCAAGGGGGGGGGGGCACGUGCCCCUCCCCCUCCCAUGAGAGUCACAAUCAAAGUUUUUGAUGUAAAUAUGCAAUUUUUAUCGAAGUGUGUCCGACUUUUAAAAAUGGAGUACCUUUUUUUAAAAAAUAUAUUAAAAACACAUGUUCAUGAUUGUACAGGUUCGUGAAGGCACUCGUAUCGUUCGCUGUCAACGAAAUUGAAAUAAAAUUUUUAAUUUUCAACAAGCCUAA